CCUCUUUCUUCCUUCUUCUGUACUGCUUUUUUUCACAAUACAUUGCGACCAGCUGGUACUAAAAAUGGCCAAACUCACCGGCCAGCAGGUCGCCACCCACAACUCCAAAGACUCGUGCUGGGUGAUUGUACACGGCAAGGCCUAUGAUGUCACCGAUUUCCUACCUGAACACCCCGGCGGCCAGAAAAUCAUCCUGAAAUAUGCCGGCAAAGACGCCACCGAGGAAUUCGAGCCUAUCCACCCGCCAGACACCCUCGACAAGUAUCUCGAUGCCUCCAAGCACUUGGGCGCCGUCGACAUGGCGACAGUCGAGCAGGACGAGAAAGUCAAAGACCCCGCCGAAGUCGAGCGCGAGGAGCGCAUCAAAAAAAUGCCCCCACUCGCGCAGUGCUACAAUCUGCUCGAUUUCGAGGCUGUUGCGAGACAGGUCAUGAAGAACACCGCCUGGGCAUACUACUCGAGCGGAGCCGAUGACGAGAUUACAAUGCGGGAAAACCACUCUGCCUUCCACAAAAUCUGGUUCCGACCACGGAUCCUCGUGGACGUUGAAACUGUUGAUUUCACCACCACAAUGCUCGGCACCAAGACCUCUAUCCCGUUCUACAUCACCGCCACGGCAUUGGGGAAACUCGGGAAUCCGGAGGGCGAAGUAGUCCUGACGAGGGCGGCGCGCCAGCACAACGUGGUCCAGAUGAUCCCGACACUUGCAUCCUGCUCCUUCGACGAGAUUGUCGACGCCAGGGAAGGCGACCAAGUGCAAUGGCUACAACUAUACGUAAACAAAGACCGGGCCAUCACAAAACGCAUAAUCGAGCACGCCGAGAAACGCGGAUGCAAGGCGCUCUUCAUCACGGUGGAUGCGCCGCAACUGGGACGCCGUGAGAAGGACAUGCGCGUGAAAUUCUCCGACGAAGGGUCGAACGUGCAGUCAAAGGGCGGGGACAGCGUUGAUCGGUCGCAAGGCGCGGCGCGCGCCAUAUCCUCGUUUAUUGAUCCCAGUCUGUCGUGGAAGGAUAUCCCCUGGUUUCUGUCCGUUACCAAAAUGCCGAUUAUUCUGAAAGGUGUGCAGUGUGUGGAAGACGUGCUGCGGGCCGUCGAGGCCGGUGUACAGGGCGUCGUGUUGUCGAAUCAUGGCGGUCGACAGCUUGAUUUUGCGCGCUCGGGGAUCGAGGUGCUGGCAGAAGUCAUGCCGGUGCUGCGUGAGCGAGGGUGGGAGAAGAAGAUUGAGAUCUUUGUAGACGGUGGCGUGCGGCGGGCGACGGAUAUCAUUAAGGCGUUGUGUUUGGGCGCCACGGGCGUGGGUAUUGGACGACCGUUCCUGUAUGCCAUGUCGGCGUAUGGCCAGCAAGGUGUCGAGCGGGCGAUGCAGCUGCUCAAGGAAGAGAUGGAGAUGAACAUGCGGCUGAUUGGCGCUGCCAAGAUUGAGGAUUUGAACCCGAGUUUGUUGGAUGUUAGGGGUCUACAGGGUGGCCAUCACGCAGCGGUGCCGUCGGAUACGUUGGGGUUGAAUGUAUAUGAUCCGUUGUUGUCGCCACGGUUUGCCGAGAAGGCGAAGUUGUAAAUAGACGAUAAGAUGAGUGUACGAUACCGUACUAUAUAUUUACUAUAUAUUCAUUGAUAG